AUCUCACAACUUAUACAAACACCUCCCUGUCUCAUCAUAUAUCUUGUUCUUUUGCUCUCGCUGUUCUGUUCCUCAACUCCGCGGCGUAGAUCCGAGGAGUUUGGGAAAACCCUAACCCUAGCCAAAAAGCGAUCGAUCUCAGUCACAAGCUCUCCAUCUCUAUCUUCCUCACAGUUCUUCAGCGACCUUUCACUGCUAUCAGACAUGGCUGGCUUGGCCCCAGAGGGUUCUCAAUUUGACGCUCGUCAGUAUGAUGCCAGAAUGAGUGACUUACUUGGGACGACUGAUGGGGAAGAAUUCUUCACUUCGUAUGAUGAAGUUUAUGACAGCUUUGAUGCAAUGGGCUUGCAAGAAAAUCUCCUGAGGGGCAUUUAUGCCUAUGGUUUUGAGAAGCCCUCUGCAAUUCAGCAAAGGGGGAUAGUUCCCUUUUGCAAAGGACUUGAUGUAAUUCAACAAGCACAGUCCGGAACUGGAAAAACUGCAACUUUCUGCUCUGGAAUUCUGCAGCAGCUUGAUUAUGGUAUAGUUGAAUGCCAAGCGUUGGUUCUUGCACCCACUCGUGAACUUGCUCAGCAAAUUGAAAAGGUCAUGCGAGCACUGGGUGACUAUCUUGGUGUGAAGGUUCAUGCUUGUGUAGGAGGGACCAGUGUGCGUGAAGAUCAGCGCAUUCUUUCAAGUGGGGUUCAUGUUGUUGUUGGUACCCCUGGUCGAGUAUUCGACAUGUUGCGUAGACAGUCACUUCGCCCUGAUUACAUCAAAAUGUUUGUGUUGGAUGAGGCAGAUGAAAUGCUUUCACGAGGCUUCAAAGAUCAGAUCUAUGAUAUAUUCCAGUUACUGCCACCUAAGAUCCAGGUUGGGGUGUUCUCUGCCACAAUGCCACCUGAGGCCCUUGAAAUCACUAGGAAAUUCAUGAACAAACCUGUGAGGAUUCUUGUGAAACGUGAUGAACUUACUCUUGAGGGUAUCAAGCAAUUUUAUGUCAAUGUCGAUAAGGAGGAAUGGAAGCUCGAGACGCUUUGUGAUCUCUAUGAAACCUUGGCCAUAACGCAAAGUGUCAUCUUUGUUAACACGCGGCGCAAGGUUGACUGGCUCACUGACAAAAUGCGCAGCCGUGAUCACACAGUCUCUGCCACUCAUGGAGACAUGGAUCAGAACACUAGAGAUAUCAUCAUGAGGGAAUUCCGUUCUGGUUCCUCACGUGUGCUCAUCACCACUGAUCUUUUGGCCCGUGGUAUUGACGUCCAGCAAGUCUCUCUUGUGAUCAAUUAUGAUCUCCCAACCCAGCCAGAGAACUACCUCCAUCGAAUUGGACGUAGUGGACGGUUUGGGAGGAAGGGUGUUGCCAUCAACUUUGUGACCAAAGAUGACGAGAGGAUGCUGGCUGACAUCCAGAGGUUCUAUAAUGUGGUGGUUGAGGAGCUCCCGGCAAACGUUGCUGAUCUCCUUUGAAGGGUUUUGGUUCGGUGAGGUAAAUUGUUUUCUACUUGGAAGUUAUUUGUCAUCUUAUUUCAUAGGGUUUUAGCACCUUGAUUAAAGUAUGUAUUAGACUUACAAUUGGGAGAUGUGGGCCUUAUGAUUUCGCAUAGGGACAUGUGUUCCCAAUUUGGAUGUUGUAGGUAUCCAUGGUUGCAAAUUUUGUUGGUUUUGCUUUUGUAAUGUUGUCUAAAAUAACUUGCACAAGUGGAUGUUGUUUGAACCCGACAUUAUUGAGUUCUACAGUUUGCUUUUAAGUUUGUGUAUGAGAAUGGAUAUUAAGUUGUGCAUCUGUUUUUCA